AUGAACAAGUACACACUGUCAAUAGCAUAUCCUUUCACAAGCAGCUCAAGAUGUCCAUUCUACUCAGCUAAUACAAGCUCCACUAAACCUGCAGCGAUUGUGUGUCUGUUCCAGAGCAAUGUUCACAUAAGCCAAGCAGGUGACUUCCUACCUCCUGGAGGAACAAUAGCCCUUUCUCUGCGUUCAACCAGCCAGGUAAAAAACAGCUCACCUGAAAGCCAGCAAGCUCGUCAGCUGCUCAGUUACACAUACGGCUUCAUGAGGUUAUGGCUGUGGUUAAGCGAGGUCUAUACGAGAAGUCGCGAGGCUGCAUCUUACCGUGGUUGAGCGAGGAGGCAUUGGACUCGGAG